GCAAUUUUUCCUAGAAUUAUAACUGUGGCGAUAUAUACGACACGCGAUUGCGUGUUAGAUUUCCGAAAUGUCGAUUCCUCUUAGUGGAAGUCGAUCACGUUCUGGAGGAAUCAUUAGUGCAAUUGCAAAACAUUUAAGGAGUUUAACUUUAAAACCGGUAAAAUCUAUCAACGUAAAGUUUGAUCCCUUCGAUUAUAAUGCUUUGCAAACGAGAGAUUUUUUCUUUCAUAUUACAACUCCAAAGAUUUUCGCAACAAAUCCAAAUUGCACCGUGAAACCACAAAUAGUUUCGGAUCUGUCUGAGCCUGUAGUUACAUUCAAAUUAUUAUCAGGUGAUAAUGUGGUAGUCAAAAGUGCAAACUUGACGUCUCUGAAUAUUUUGGAACUUUACAACAAACACAUCACACCAUUAGCUCCAUCUGAACCUGAAACUGGAAGUGAAAGAACAGCAGCAGACAAGGAGGAAAAGAAGAAACGAAAGAAAAGAAUGAAAUAUAAACGUGAAUCCAAAAAUAGACCAGUAUUUUUAUAAGUUUAUAUUGGCAAUGUGCUAAUUUGU